CACAUUGUAAAUAACGUAUGAAAUAAUAAUGAAAGGAUUUUUUAAUGCAUGGAUUUCAAAAGAGGCAAUUAAUAUUUGUCAUUAGAAAAAAAUGUCAUUCUUGCGUGGAUUUUAUAUCAGAAAUAUUUACAUAAAACAACAAAUAUACAAAAUAGUUGCUAUUAGCACGGAUUUUUAAAAUAAAUUGUCAAAAGAAAUGGAGUGGUUUGUCAAUGACGAAGACGACGAAGCAGCUAAGUCUUUGCUCGCACAACAAACAUGUAGAGAAAAAGAACAUGACGAAGAUCUUACUGAUUUACACGAAUGGGACAUACAACUUAAUGCCGACACAGAAACAUUGAUUGCAUCUUCACGUUCCUGUGCUUCAAAUAACGACUCACCUGGUAGCGAUACCUUAGACGGGAGAGAUAUUGCGGAGGAUUCAUUGUCAAAUAAAUUGUUAGAUUGCUGUUGUGGUGGUAGACGCUGGAAGUAUGCUAAUGCAUUUGAUAAAACAGAAUAUCCAUUACUUUUCCGUGGCAAACAUCUUAUAGGAACCAUCAUAGGUAUCAUUCUUUAUUAUUACGAUAUAAUAUCGGAUAUUUAUCUUGCUGAAGAAUACUUUCGCUUAAAAAGAUGGGAAGCAUUUGGCUUUACAGCGUCAUUUAUUUUGUUCCCACUUUUGAUAAUGAAUUCGAUAAACAUUAGUUGGUACAUUCGCGACUUCAUUGCAGAAAGGAGAAAAAAAUUUGAAGUCACGAAUUUUCCAGUUUGGUUUUUGCGAAUUUUCUGUUCGAUGCCUUUGCUUUCCGGACCUGUUGCAAGAAACAUCGAGUACAUGUAUCAUGGAAUUAAAAGCAGAUCUGCGAAAGCCAGCCAACUUGACACCAGAUACCAUUACAGACAAAUGAUUUAUGAAGAUACAGAUGCUGCCAUGUUAACAAUGUUUGAAGCUUUUCUAGAAUCUGCUCCACAACUCAUACUACAGAUGUAUAUAAUACUGACGGAUACACAUGAUGACUCAAUACUCUUGCGUAUUGUUCAAGGAAUUGCUAUUUUUGGAUCCUGGAUUAGUGUGUCAGGUUCAUUAGUAUCAUACCAGAAUGCUCUACGAGCCUCCCAUAGUAGUAGAGACAGUGAUGUUUCAGCACGUGGCACCAUUUUAUAUUACCUUUGGCGAACAUGUGAAGUUGGACCAAGAAUGAUAGUCUUCGCAGUAUUUGCAGCACAGUUCAAGUAUUAUACGUUAUUGGCUGUUAUCAUACCGCACUGGAUAAUAAUGUCUGUAUGGGUUGCAUAUCAGAAGCCUGACGUUUACACAAAAAGAUUCGAAAAAAUUAUAUUUAAUAUUGUCUUGGGAUAUAUUUUGAUACUUUCAUAUCAGAGUGUUCAACAAGGCCGUACACGUUAUAAGUUAUUAUUAUAUUAUUUCAUUACAUAUAUGGAAAACUUAGUAAUGAUAGCCGCUUGGGCUCAUUUUACAGAUCACAGAGAAGACUGGUAUUACUAUCCUAUAAUAGGGUUUGUUAUAUGUAAUAUGAUGGUACACAGUAUAGCUCUUCUAUUAUAUUACAAGAGGUACCGUCCCAGAAACCAUUAUAUUAUUUCUUGUCUUAACCAUAGAAAAGACGAUUUAAGAAAAGGUGUAGAGCAUAUAAUAAGAAUGGCAAAGGCAUAUCCAAAAAUUGGAACCAAAAAGUUUCCUUACACCAGAAGAGUGCAAUAUGAGAAAGAUGAGACAUUUGACGAAGUUGACGGUAAAGACCUUAAACUUACAAGUGUUGAUAAGACGAUAACCUCUAAUCAGACGAAAGACAAAUACCAUGCAGAAGGUUGUCAGGAUGAAGGUGAUGCUCGCCAUAUUAAUAAGAAUACAAAUUUUAAAGUUGCCCCUUCUAGACGUACUGGGGAUGAAUUUCUUGACAUUAGCAGAUCUCACGAUGACGAUGAACUUGAUGGACGAUAUUCAAUUUUAGAUGACGAUACAAAUGUAGACACUAAGAAAAAUGUGUCAGGAUUUGAUAAAGCAACAAGUGUUGCGUUGACAUGCUGCUGUGGAAAUAAUUGUUGGAAAACUAAUGUAUAUUUUAACACUGAAGAAUAUCCUUUUUUGUUCCGUGGACUAGAUUUAAUUGCAACAGUUUUAUCAACGGUCUUCUUCCUAUAUGAUGUGAUAUCAGAUGUAGUUCUGGCUGAAGAAUAUUACCGUCUACAAAGAUGGAUUUCAUUCGCAUUCACAGCAUCACUCAUCUUCUUUCCUCAUCUUGUCAUGAAUAUGAUCAAUAUAUCCUGGUAUUAUCGCGACUAUAUGGCAGAAAAGAAGAAGGAAAAGACAACACAUGGUUGGAAAUGGUUUUUACGAGUAGUACUUUCCUUACCAUUCAUGCUUGGUCCUAUUGUAAGAAAUGUUGAAUACAUCUAUUAUGGCUGUAAAAGUAGAUCUGCAUCAUUGUCGGACGGUAGAAGAAGUUAUUUCUAUCAAAAUGUUUUAUACGAAGAUGCAGAUGCUGCGAUGUUAAGGAUGUUUGAAGCUUUCCUAGAAUCUGCUCCACAACUUGUUCUGCAAUUAUACAUAAUUAUGACAGAAACACAGAACGACAACCUACUGAUGCAAAUUGUUCGAGUAGCAGCCAUGUUUGGAUCUUGGGUCGGAGUCUCCUGGACGUUGGUGUCCUAUCAUAAGGCCCUCAGAGCCUCACAUAAUAUAAAGGAACAGGGAAUAUCUGCCUGUGGUGUGAUUUUCUACUAUAUAUGGAGAGCUUGUGAAGUUGCACCUAGAACGAUAGUGUUAGCAUUAUUUGCAGCUCAGUUCGGUUUUCAAAUACUAGUAGUACCUAUAGGUCUUCAUUGGGUUGCUAUGUCAAUUUGGCUAGGAUGUCAAAAGCAGGAAAUGAUGAAUAAAACUUCUAGAGAGAAAUGGAUAUUUAAUAUUGUUUUCGGAUAUGUUUUGAUAUUUUGUUUCCAAAAUGUGCAAAAGGGUAAAACUCGAUACAGAGCCAUGUUUUAUUACUUUGUAACAUUUUCAGAAAACAUUAUCAUGUUGAUACUGUGGGCAUAUUUUACACAACAUAAAAGUGAAUGGUUUUAUCUUGCUGCUAUUGGUACUGUCCCUUUGUUCAUGGUUAUUCAGAUUAUUGUCCAGUUAUUGUAUUAUAAAUUAAUUCAUCCAAGUCAUAAAGAAAUUGUAUUAUGUCAAACCAAUAGACCAUCUAAACGAUCAUUAAAUGAAUGAUUAAAACAUAUUUAUUGGUUAUGCAAUUAUUGUAUUCCUGCUAAGAAUAUGAUAUAAGAAUUAAAUAAAUAAAACAAUAAUCCCCAACAUAAUUAGUUUCCUAAUUAGCAUUGUCAUUGUUAGGCUAGAUAUUUCAAUGAAUACACUUUGUAUUUUUCUAAUCACAGCAUAAAUGAAUGAAUUUGUAAAGUCUGUUCUAUAUUUACUUCAGUUAGUUACUCUCCAAAAUCACCUGAGAUCACCCCUGUUUUGGUUCGGUGGGUAUUUGUCAUUCUAUUGUCUUCUUAGUAAUGAUUUGUAAAAUGUUUCAAAUUCGUUUUUCUUUUUCUGCUUUUCUAUCACUUGUG